UGUAUAUUGUUGUUUUGCAACAUAUUAAAAAUAACAACCUAACUUAGUACGUUGAUUUCACGAAACGAUACUGUUAUCAGUCAUUUUGACUUUUUAGAUAAUUCAGGAAUCCUGGGAAUUAAAAAGGGACACUUUGCCCCGGUAGGUCGUAUUAUACCCUUUUACCCCAGUCCCUGUUUCCCUCUCCUUCGCUUAGCGCCUGUUCUUGUACGUCAACAUAGUUGUCUUCUAAUUACGGCUUUUGAAUCACAGUGCACUGCGUACUGGCGCAGUGCCACCGGGGAAAAUAUGCUGUCGGUGGACUGUAAAGAUAAGUGGGCUGUCUGGGAAUCCAGAACAUGAACGUUUUGAGUGGUUUGUAUUAAAUUGUAACUUGUGAAAAUGCACGUAAAUCGGCUAUAGUUAAUUGUAACGAUCGAAAAAAAAACACUUGACUGUAUACAAUCAAAAUAGCCACAUGCGCAAAUAGAUAUACCCGCGACUUAUUGACAGAAACAGUGUCAGUCUUGAUAGAAACAGGGGUGGAAAUCACUGAAGGUUGGAAAAUGGUGCAUAGCUAAUCUAUUAGUUCAAUUUAUAUUAAAGCACCAUUUUAUGUGAAAUUGGAAAGCACGUACAACCGACAACCGCCAACGCCAGCCAACGACACAUCCCAUUGCCAUCCACAUCGCGUGCCUGCUGCCUCCAUAGGCCGACAACGAUCAGUCACAAUCAGAUGAUGAUAGCCGGCUUCUGCUUUGGCUUCGGAAGAUCGCACACACAGAGAACACCGAUUCGUGACGUACAACAAGCGACUGGAAGUAUACUAAACCUCACUACUAUGCAGCCCGACCGAACGGGGCCGUACGGGAGAACCCUGACCUACCAUAACGUUCGCUGAGACAACCUCGAAAAAGACCAGCAAAGCAAAACCAGCGACAAGUUUACUAUACCCGUUUACUAAAAGUCACAAACCGAUCGCAGAAAAGCAUGCGGCAAAGUGGGCGGUGUAGUCGAUUUUGGGCAGCGCUCACGCGCAAAAAACGCAACGAAGAUGACGGAAGUGAUUCGCAGCUCGCGCGUGUUCUCUCACUGCUGGAUCUGACCGGAUUGGGGGUGGGCAGUACGCUCGGACUGGGUGUUUACGUGCUCGCCGGAUCGGUAGCCCACGAGCAGGCUGGACCUGCCGUAGUCGUUUCGUUUCUGGUGGCGGCCGUUGCAUCGGCGAUUGCUGCCCUGUGCUAUGCGGAGUUUGCUGCGCGCGUUCCGAAAGCUGGGUCCGCUUACAUCUACAGCUAUGUUAGUAUUGGGGAAUUCGCGGCUUUUACCAUCGGCUGGAAUCUGAUAUUGGAGUAUGUGAUCGGCACAUCCAGCGUCGCCCGUGGUAUGAGCGGCUACAUUGACGCCCUGAUCGACUACAAGAUGAGCAAAGCUAUGCGAGAUGCGAUGGGCAUGAACGUUGACUUCCUGUCGGAUUAUCCCGAUUUCUUCUCGUUCACGGCGAUUCUCAUCCUGUCGGCCUUGCUGGCGUAUGGUGUCAAGGAAUCCACCCUUAUGAACAACAUCUUCACCGGCGUGAAUCUGUGCGUUAUAGCAGUCGUCUUGGUUACCGGGGGCAUGAACAGUGAUACUGCAAACUGGAACAUUCGUCCGGAGGAUGUUCGACCGGAAGAUAUUCCAGCGGGUGUUGAUAUAGGACAAGGUGGAUUCGCGCCGUAUGGUUUCGCUGGAAUUAUGGCCGGAGCAGCCAAGUGCUUCUACGGAUUCGUAGGAUUCGACUGUAUCGCUACUACGGGAGAGGAAGCGAAAAACCCUAGCCGAAACAUUCCGCUGGCUAUUGUCAUUUCGUUGAUAAUUAUAUUUUUUGCCUACUUUGGUAUCUCAACGGUACUAACUAUGGCGCUUCCUUACUAUCUGCAAGAUCCAGGAGCUCCGUUUCCACAUCUGUUCGAGCAACUAGGGUGGCACGAAAUCAAAUGGAUCGUUUCGAUUGGUGCUAUAUUUGCACUUUGUACGAGUUUAUUGGGCGCUAUGUUCCCUUUGCCACGUGUUCUCUACGCUAUGUCAAAUGAUGGCGUUAUCUAUAAGAAAUUACAAACCGUUCAUCCGAAAACUCAAACUCCCAUUCUGGCCACCGUUUUAGCCGGUUUACUAGCUGCAACUAUGGCCUUGCUAUUUAAUCUGCAGCAAUUGAUUGAUAUGAUGUCGAUUGGGACGUUGAUGGCCUACACCAUUGUGGCGGUUAGUGUUCUAAUACUGCGAUAUGAGGACAACAGUUUGAUGGAUUCUACGGAGAUUACCAUACCGAAUGUGUUCAAUCAAUUGUUUAACACGGCUAAGCGUGCGGAUCCUACCCGACUGUCGGCAGCGAUUGUGAAGAUUGGAAUUUGUCUUUUCGCUAUUUGCAUUUGCGCUAUAUGUAGCAUACUGGUAAUUGCUACCGACAAGAUCUCAACCGAUUACCCAGGUAUCAUCGCAGCUCUAUCCGUUCUGGCCGGUGUAAUGAUCUUGCUGAUGAUCAUCACUGCCUGCCAACCGACGGACAAAACCAAGCUGACCUUCAAAGUUCCUCUAGUGCCUCUGCUGCCUAUGUUAAGCGUGUUCUUCAACCUUUAUCUGAUGUUCCAGCUGGAUUCUGGAACUUGGAUCCGGUUUGCAGUGUGGGUUGCCAUCGGUUACUUCAUCUACUUUACCUACGGAAUCCGUCACUCGGUUGAAGGGGAAAUUGCAAAGCAGAAAGCGGCCAACGCCGAUAUGAACGGGAAAAACGGAUUCGAUAACAACGGAUUCGACGCUGGUCAAGGCCGGAUAUUUUCGGCUAUUCCGGACGAGCACCCGCGAAAGCCUUCUAAAAAUUCUUACACUUUUCACAGUGAAUAGCAAAGGGCAUUUACAUCUAGUUUCUUAAAAAAUCAACGUGAGAUAUUUAGGGAUUGAGUACAAAGCAGAACAGCACCGCGAGUGCAAUGCCAAUCAACCGGGUCCAUCGCAGAGACAUUAGAUUUUAUAUCAGCUCUCUCAAAUUGUUAAAUAUUUUGCCAAUCCAAGGCAGGCAGCUUCUUUGAGGCGCUGAUAGACCAAGUCAUUCCAGUGUAAUAUUCUUACCACAGGCAGCAAAUCUUUGUAUCGUAUUUAACGUAACAAAUGAUAGUUGAGUGAUAUUGCAAUGUGUAAAGUAUUUAUCCAAAUGUAAGAUUAUCAGUUUAUAGGCAGAAGGUCUGUCGGGCUCCGCGACGCCUCUAAACUAUGCUUGUGAUAGAAGAAAUUAGGAUAAGUUUUAUCAAAAGAUGUGAGGAAAGCGCGACAAUAUUUUAAUCGUGUACAGUGUCAGUGUUAACGGAGAUAACCUCGUUUUGAAACAUGUGUGUACAUCAUGGUUGAGCCAAAUUAUGUUCAAUGUGUAAGAUAAUUAAAAUCCAAUAAAUCAAGGUUAUCAUUUCUCAGUUAUCACAACCACAAA